AUGGAUGGAUCGAUGAAUGUGGAUGAAUUCCCCGACAAUAAGGAUGAGGCCUAUUUUCUUGAGGUUCCGGUCGAGGGCAAAGGCCCCAGUGUCUGGUACGAGACCGCUCUCUCUCAAGGGUUCUAUGAGCUCUACUUCCCCAUCUACCGAUGCAAGGAGCAAUGGUGUGGCACCCAUAGCACCGUGUCCCGCUGA